AUGGACGAAGUAGCCAAGCAUGUGCCCAUUGCUUGCUCCGAAGUGGUUGCCUUCAGUGGCGCAGUGUUCUGCGAUGAUUGCGGACCCCGAUGGCAUCAUUUCCGCCUUUCCGUGCGAUGCCGCGACGUUGUCGACAAAGAGAAGAUCAGGCGCUUUGUGAAAGCUUUCAUAGCUUCUCUAGGUGGCAUUGAGUCGCCAUUUCCUGGCAUCACGCAGGCGCAGCUAAAGAACGCCUCACGCCUUUCCAAGAUCUUGGACCGCUUCGACAAAUCUAGCUACGAGGGUGAAAGGGCCAACGCCUUCAAGAUCUUGCAGUCGAAUCUUGCGAAUUUGCAUUGGAACAUGGAUGCCUUCCGUGAUGUGCAUGAGGCCUUAGACGCCGGGGCGGACAGGGCUUGCAAAACGGAGGUGACUAUCCAGAAAGCUUCAAGUGACUAUUCCUAUUACCCUUCCUGGAGAAAGUCACGUGUAUGGUUCGAUCAGCUGUGCGAGGCAGUCUCACGGCCUCUUGGACUGCAUCCCGGCAUAAGCUCCGCGGGCAAAGUCUCUGUAAAUGGUGCGUGCUUUCUGGGACCUUGCCUGACAGCAGUUGCAGCGGGAGUCGCCAUUGCAAAGGUUGCAGACGCGGCCCUCGGAUCUUGCCACUUAAGCCGCAAUGGCGAGGACGAUUUCUGCGCAGGCUUCUGCAAAGAGAUGAUGUCCGACACGCCCUACCUCACAGACCAGGAGAAAGACGCGGCAGAGGCACGACGCCGCGCUUGGGAAGACGACUUUGGGUGGACUUACGCAGAUGGUCAUGCCGCGUCAAAGCGUAGCUCGGCAGAUUCGGCAGCUGGUGAGGAAGGCAGAUCGCAGGCUGAGAAGCGCAAGCAGGACUCAGCAAUCUCGAACAAACUCAUUCGCUUGCCUGAUCUCAGUCACAUGCGAUCCCUCCAGCGCCUCGAUGUCUCCUUCAAUGACCUCGAGGUGCUCCCUUCGCUGGAUCGCAACGUCGAGCUGGUUGAGCUCGACGUCAGCUACAACCAGCUGUCUGAGCUGCCGGAUCUGUCACAGCUUCAUCGCCUCGGAUUGCUUUACGCCGACAGCAACCAUCUUUUCGCAUUGCCUCCCUUGGCGAGCACGGUGGUCAACGAGAUCUGCGUCCAGGACAACCAAAUCCAGGAGCUGCCAGACUUCAGAGGAUACGAGUUCCUCAGGACCCUGGCGUGCAGUGGCAAUCCUCUCCGAAAGCUUCCGCCAAAUCCCAGCAGCUGCGAUUGCUGCGAGGACACGCCGGGUACAAAGAGGACCUCACCUGCCAACGCCUGCGGCAGACCGACUAUUCACUUUGGGCGGCGACGUCGGCCCAUUGCUCUGCACACCUGA